GGAGAGGGUUGGGGGUGGAACUCUGUUCCCUCCCCUGUGACGUGGAUGUAUAUUAUAAAAAAUAUGGCGACAAACGCCAGCUGUAGAUAAUAGGGUAUGACCGGGAAAAGGAAAAGUCGUGUCAUUGCUGUUCUCGUUGCCACACAAGUACAGUCACGGCUGCCAACCAUACGGUGCCACCACGCGCAUUCUCACAAGAACCCAGCCAGAUCAUGCUGCUCAUCACGGCGAAUAAUGCAUCUACAUACAUAUAUACAGUAACCAAGCCUACGCAGGGGCUUCUGGGUCGCUACAAAAAGCUGCAAAUAUCAAUGAAAUGCCCUAUUCACUGCCCUGAUGCUCUCGGAGAGCACAAGAAAGGCCCAACAUGGCCCAUCCACGCGGCGGGGUAACACAAAUCGCUGCGGGCCGCCAGGAACAAUGGCUGGAUCGACGAGGAGUUUCAAGAGUCUAAGCUGAGUCCAAGACAUACAGUACGGUGUGUACUGCACAUGGCCGAAUGCAGCCCAAGAGUUGUGAGAAGAGUAGUGGACGGUGAAGAGCGUCGCGGUGGAAUAUCACAGUUCAAUACGCAUUUAUACCAUAACUUAUAAGUUAUAAGUUAUAAGUUACAAGAUAUAUUAUUGCCUAUUAACCUCAUUAUCCACAAACAUCGGAAUUCAAGCAUCCCCCCGUUCCCAAAUGCCAAACGUCAAAUGCCAUCGGAACCUCGGAGCCGGAGUUGGUAAACAACGAAAAAAACGUGGUUGAUGUCGUGUUCCUGGUCGACUGGAUGGGUUAUCUCAAGAGCAAGCCUGCCUCCUUCCUAUUAUAUAUGCCAUAGUACCCCGAGAUAGCGUCAGCUUGCUUCGAAUGCCAGCGCCGAGUUGCGACGACGACCACUUUGACUCCAUGAAUCUAGAGAAGCUGAAGGGAUAUACGAAAGAAGGACGACGACGCCGAGGACAGGAAAGAUACAGACGGGAUUGAUAAGCUGCAAUCGGCGUGGGAAUCACUGACAUAGCCGGUUUAUGCGAUUGAUUGGCCAGGAGGGGAAACACCGAGACAGGAGCCAUAAACGGGGAUAAGAGUGAAGAGAGGUACAAACAAAAAGACGAAAGGCAGAAAGCCCAAUGUCCUGCCGUGACGCUGGAUACUCACCUACAACACCAUGCGGCGUCAGGGGAACGGCGACGCUACGGCGCCUAACGGCCGUGACCGCCUCGGUAUAGAUGCAUCUCCCCGGGUUGGAGAAGAUACGCCUCUGCUGGCCAAGGCGGAUGAUGGGGAUAGCACCACCGCAGCCAGCUCAGUCCCAUGGGAUUGGGAGUCCGAUUUCGAGGGAGUUCCGUGGUAUCGCAAGCCAUCUAUCUGGUGGCUCCUCCCCGCCUAUGCCAUCUACGCCCUCGCCUUCGGCGGCAUCAUCGUCCCGAAGCUGAACCUCGUCCUCACGCUGGUGUGCCGGCGCUACAUCGCCGCGCAAUCCACUCUACAUCCCGAUGCGCAAUACACGCCCGUCAUCAUGUUCGCCAACAACCCGCAGUGUCGGAUCCCCGAAGUGCAAGCCCUAGCGACAGAGUUCACGCUCUACAUGUCCCUCCUCACCGGCAUCCUGAGCGCGGCCAUCUGUCCCAAGAUCGGCGCGCUCUCGGACCGUUACGGGCGCAAGUACUUCCUCGCCUUCGCUGUCCUGGGCGGCCUCUGCGCGGAGAUCGUUACGAUCCUCGCUGCCACCUACCCGGACACGGUGCACUACCAAUGGAUCCUCUUCGGCUCCGUCCUCGACGGCCUCUUCGGCUCCUUCACCUCCGCAAUGGCCAUGACGCACUCUUACGGCGCGGACGUGACCUCGCCCGCCACGCGCGGCGUCGCAUUCGGGUACUUCAGCGGCGCGCUCUUCGGGGGCAUCGCGCUCGGCCCCCUCCUUGCGGCCUUCAUCUCCCGGGUCACCGGUAACAUCCUCAGCGUCUUCUGGAUCGCCUUCUUCUGCCACCUAACAGUCCUCAUCUACCACCUCUUCAUCCUCCCCGAAUCUCUCUCCCCCAAACGCCAGAUCGCCGCCCACGCACGCCAUAAGCUGGAAAUAUCCGCCACGGCCGCAUCGCCAACUUCCCGCGCCGCGCGCGCCGCUAACUUCCUCGCCCCCCUCAAGAUCCUGUAUCCCACCGGCGCAGGCACCUCGCCGCACCUGCGCAUGAACCUCAUCCUGCUAGCGGCGAUCAACACCCUCCUCUUCGGCGCCUCCAUCGGCACAGGGUCGCUAUUAAUAUAUUACACGAAUUUCAUCUUCAACUGGGGCGACUUCGAGACCCAGAUGUACGUCGGUCUCACCUCCGCCUUCCGCGUCCUCGUCCUCGUCGCCAUCCUCCCGCUGAUAACCUACCUCUUCCGCACGCGCUACCAGAACCACGCCCGUCGCCGCGCCGCUGAAGCCGACCCCGACGCCUCCACCAACGCCGCGGAUGAUACCCGCACCCCCGGCGCCGACACCCUCGACCUCGUACUCAUCCGCGGCGCACUCGUCCUGGAAACAGCAUGCCACGCUGGCUUCGCCUCCGCGCGACAUGGGGGUGUAUUCUUCGCCUUCGGGGUUCUAGGUGCGGGGGGUUCGAUCGCGCUUCCGCUGCUGCAGAGUGCGUUGAGUAAGCAUGUUGGUGCGGAUCGGGUGGGCCAGCUGCUGGGGGCGAUGGCGCUGCUGAAUGGGCUCGCGCGGGUGGUGUUUCCGGCGGUGUUUGGGGGGCUGUAUAGUCUGACUGUGGGGGGGGUUCCGCAGGCGGCUUUUGUGGUGUUGAGUGUGACGUUUGGGGGGAUGGGGGUGUUGAGUUGGUUUGUUAGGCCGCAUGUUUAUAUUGAGGAUGAAGAGCCGAAUCGGACGACGGUGAGUGACGGGUAUACGUAUGCACUGGCUGAAGAGCUGGUGGAUGAAGAGGCUGUUGGACGAUAGAGUCGGGUAUGGAAUACAUUGGAUACACAUUGGAUACAACAGAGUAAGCCACACCGCACAUUGGUUUUCCCUUUCAUUGGCAUAACCUAUUUGUACGACAUCGAUAAACUCGGUGCACACUUCUGCAUCUUGGUAGAACUGGGGCAGGGCCUUAAUAUCAUUAUAACGAAAAAGACAAAAGACAAAAGACAAGAGAUAAUAAAUAGUAUAAUAAACAUCUAUCAUACUACAUAUCUGUGACAACUACAGUUAUAUACAUCUCGGCCCUUCCACCGAAGAAAUCCUAUUAAUUAAGCCGCGAUACUGAUCCUACUACCAUGAAAUGUAUUUUUAGCCG